UGGCCUCCAGCAGAUCCGUACAUGUAGGGAGUAAUUCAAAUUUAAAUAUCGUUCUACUUGACUUUUUCUCUUUUUUCCUGCAGUACGGCGUCCAGGGAUCCUUCGCAUGCCAUUUUCUUUUCCCCUCCAGUACGGUGGCUAGGGCUCCUUCCUAUUGCCGCCGCCGUCGCAAUCGUACGUUCAUAUCAACAUUUGGUAUGAGUCAAAGCCGAUUACUUUCAUCGCGAGUUUUGGAUGAAUCAUCAUGGGACGUUGACGAUGAGGUCAUAAUUGCCGCGUCUCAAAUCGUACAAAGUGCCUCACAAAGAAAGCCGGGUGGGUCCGUACUAGGCCGUGUAUACAUAUAUCGGGAUAGAGAGGCUGGGCACACAAGACUGUAUCAAGAUUAUUUUGCAGAACAUCCCACGUAUGGUCCAAGUGUUUUUCGACGAAGGUUUAGGAUGCAUCGACCACUAUUUCUUCGUAUAGUGAAUGCUGUAGAACAACAUGAUGAUUACUUUCAGCUGAAGAGAAAUGCAUCUCACCAAAAAGGGCUAAGUUGUUUGCAAAAGGCAACUGCAGUCUUUCGUAUGCUAACUUAUGGAGUACCAGCGGAUGCUACGGAUGAGUACGUACGUAUUGGAGAGAGCACAACUCUUAAAAGUCUGAGAAGGUUUGUUAAAGCUGUUAUUGACGUUUUUGAAGAUGAGUAUUUGAGGACACCCAAUGAUACUGAUACAGCUCGGUUACUUGCACUUGGGGAAGAAAGAGGUUUUCCUGGUAUGCUCGGGUCACUUGACUGCAUGCAUUGGAGGUGGAAGAAUUGUCCGUCAGCUUACCAAGGACAAUACUCUGGUCAUUAUCAUACACCUACAAUAAUUUUAGAGGCGGUGGCUUCGCAUGAUCUAUGGAUUUGGCAUGCUUUUUUUGGUUUACCUGGUUCUCUUAAUGAUAUCAAUGUUCUUCACCGAUCUCCACUAUUCGCAAAGCUAUCAAAUGGAGAAGCUCCACAAGUGAACUACAACAUAAAUGGCCAUAACUAUUCAAUGGGAUACUAUCUUGCAGAUGUCAUAUAUCCAUCUUGGGCUACAUUGGUUAAGACCAUUCCAGAACCACGAGGCAAUAAGAAUAGAUACUUUGCUACAGCACAAGAAGCGGUACGGAAGGACGUGGAGCGAGCUUUUGGGGUUUUGCAAUCUCGUUUCGGUAUUGUUCGGGGACCAGCUCGACUAUGGGAUGAAGAAACAUUGAGCGACAUAAUGACAUCUUGUAUAAUCAUGCACAACAUGAUUGUUGAAGAUGAAGGAAUUGUAGAUCCAGAUGAAUGUUUUGAGAAUGGGGGAGACAAUGUUAAACCCUCACAUGAUCGUACUGCUGAUUUUGAAGAAUUUAUUGCGAACCAUAAGAAAAUUAGGAACCAAAAUACUCACCAUCAACUUCGAGAAGACCUAGUGGAGCACCUUUGGCAGCACCACGCAGAUCGAUAUAGUUAG